AGUACAACAACCUCGUUGUCAUGAAAAACACUCCGCGCGCAACCAUUAAUUUCCUUCAAAAUGAAUAUUAUUUUUCCGUUGUUUAUUUGGCCUGGAUGAGAUCGAGUAGAUCAGAAUAAUUAUGAGAUAAAACCACUAGUUCUUCCUUUGAGUCCAAUACAAAUCCUACUUCUCCAAUCAACGUACACUCAUGGCAGACAAAAUUUGUUUCCUCGUACCCCAUUUUCUUACUCUCAUUUUGGUACAGUCUUACACAAGUACUUCCUUAGCCAAUGCUGCCAUUCCCAACAUUACAACCGAUCAAUCUGCUCUUCUGGCAUUAAAGGCUUCUAUUUCUUAUGAUCCCCACGAUGUUUUGGCAAAUAAUUGGUCAACCAGUACUUCCGUUUGCAAUUGGGUUGGAAUCACAUGUGGCUCUAGACAUCUCCGAGUCACAGCCUUGAACCUUUCUUACAUGGAUCUUGAUGGUACCAUUCCUCCACACAUUGGAAACCUCUCGUUUCUUGUUAGCCUAAUGAUCAGAAACAAUAGCUUUCACGGUUCAAUUCCCAACGAGUUGUCUCGUCUUCAUCGGUUGCGGUUUUUAAACUUGGGAUACAAUGAAUUCAAUGGAGAAAUGCCAUCAUGGAUAGGGUUGCUAACCAAACUUCAAUAUUUGGCGCUGUUUGGUAACAACUUCUUAGGUGAACUCCCAGAAAUGGAGAACUUAACCAUGCUUACAGAGUUAAACCUUAGUCAAAACAACUUUGCAGGGACCAUCUCAUCAUCUCUGUUCAAGUCAUGCAAACAGCUACAGAUUCUAGAUUUGUGGGAAAAUAAUUUCGAUGGAGUAGUACCCCAAGAAAUAGGGAACUUAAGCAUGCUUACAAAGUUAAGCCUCGGUAAUAACAACUUUGAAGGUUCUAUCCCAUCCACUCUGUUCAAGUGCAAACAUAUGCAGAGUUUGAAGUUAGGAACUAAUAAUUUCAAAGGAAGAGUACCCAUGGAAGUUGGAAACUUAACCAUGCUUUUAGAUUUAGACUUUUCCGACAACAACUUCGAUGGCACUAUCCCAUCUUCUUUGUUCAAGUGCAAAUGGCUCCAAACUUUAUAUUUGUAUUAUAAUAAUUUCACAGGAAGUCUAUCCUCGGAAAUCGGGAAUUUCACGAUGCUUAGAGCGUUAAGAAUUUCCUACAACAAAUUUCAAGGUGCAAUACCAAGUGAAAUCGGUUAUCUACAGAACCUACAAUUUAUUAGUAUUGGAAACAACGGUUUUGCUGGCUCAGUCCCAUUUGAAAUCUUCAACAUUUCAACAUUACAGACAAUGGGAAUGGUUUUAAAUAACCUCACAGGGCAUCUUCCAUCAAAUGUUGGUCUCUUCCUUCCAAAUCUUCGUACACUAACUCUUGGGGGAAAUGAACUGAGUGGAACUAUCCCUAAUUCCAUCUCCAAUGCUUCACAGCUCAUUUUGCUAGGCUUGAGUCAGAACUCAUUCUCAGGAUUAAUUCCAAAAACACUUGGAAAUUUAAGGUUGCUCCAGACACUCAAUCUAGAAAAAAAUAAUUUGAGCGUUGAAUCUCUAGAACUCGAGAGCUUUUUCUCUGAUUUGUCAAACUGCAUAUAUCUUACAACUUUAGCUUUAGGAACAAAUCAACUUAAUGGGAUCCUCCCGAGUUCUAUUGGAAACCUCUCAAUCUUUCUUCAAUAUUUUUUGCUGUAUGAUUGCAAUAUUAAAGGAAACAUUCCCAUUGAGAUUGGCAAUUUAAGUAGGCUGGCUUUUUUGGAACUAUCCAAAAAUAAUUUGAUAGGACCUAUUCCAACUGCAAUAGGAAAGUUGCAUAUGCUCCAAUAUUUAGGCCUGCGAAGUAAUAGAUUAAAAGGUCACAUCCCACUUAUUGUCUGUCAUUUGGGGAGCUUGGCUGAAUUGCGUUUAGUUGAUAAUGAGCUAUCUGGAGAUAUCCCAACUUGCAUAAAUAAUCUGACUUCCCUAAGAGGUGUCUACUUACGGUCCAAUCAAUUAACAUCUACAUUUCCGUUGAGUUUUUGGAGCCUUGUAGAUCUUUUGGUGGUAGACGUAUCAUCAAAUUCUUUAAGUGGCCCUAUUUCAACGGAGAUCGGAAAUAUGAAGGUCCUAAGAACAUUGAAUUUGUCUAGAAACCGCUUAUCCGGUGAGAUCCCAAUGACCAUUGGUGGGCUCAAAAGUCUUGUUUAUCUCUCAUUGGCAUCCAAUCAACUAGAAGGCUCAAUUCCUUCAAAUUUUGGUGAAUUGAUAAGCUUGGAGCUCUUAGAUCUCUCUAAUAACAACUUAUCUGGAGAGAUUCCCGUAUCCUUAGAAGCACUCUUAUACCUCAAAUACCUAAAUGUCUCCUUCAAUAAAUUAAGUGGAGAAAUUCCUACAAGAGGACCAUUUGUACACUUCUCAAGUGAAUCAUUUAUGUCAAACAAUGCACUUUGUGGUGUGGCUCGACUACAAGUCCCCCCAUGUCAAAGUGGUGCUCAUAGACCAAAAAAUGCCAGAAGAGUUGGUGGUAUACUAAAGUAUCUUCUACCGAUAAUGGGGUUAAUGAUACUUGUAAUAUUGUGCCUUGUAUUUGUCUUGAAAAAAUGCCAGAAGCGUAACUCCAAAUUGCCUGCUGACAAGGAUACAUCGCCUUUCGCCACAUGGAGAAGAAUUUCACAUCAAGAAGUUCUACGAGCGACAGAAGGGUUAAAUGCAAACAACUUACUUGGAGAAGGUACUUUUGGAUCAGUUUACAAAGGACUACUCUUGGAUGGUAAGAUUGUUGCAAUAAAAGUUCUAAAGUUGCACGUAGAAGGGGCAUUCAAAAGUUUUAACAUAGAAUGUGAGGUAUUAAGCAAUAUUCGCCACCGAAAUCUUGUUAAAAUAAUUACAGCUUGUAGUGGCAUUGACUUCAAAGCUAUUGUACUGGAGUACAUGCCUAAUGGGAGCCUAGAGAUGUGGUUGUAUUCUGACAACCACUGCUUGAAUAUUUUACAGAGGCUAAAUAUAAUGAUUGAUGUGGCACAAGCACUAGAAUACCUUCAUCUUGGUUACUCAAUACCUAUUGUUCAUGCUGAUUUAAAGCCAAGCAAUGUGCUAUUAGAUGAAGAUAUGGUCGGACAUGUUGCUGAUUUUGGCAUGUCCAAACUCAUCAGUGAUGGAGCUUCUCUCACGAAAACAAUGACUCUUGCUACAAUUGGCUAUAUAGCACCAGAGUAUGGAUCUGAAGGAAUCGUUUCUACAAGUGGCGAUGUGUAUAGCUUUGGCAUUUUGAUAUUGGAAACUUUCACAAGAAAAAAGCCCACAGAUGAUAUGUUUACAGGAGAAAUGAGCUUGAAGUGUUUAGUACAAGAUUCAUUAGCCCGUUCGGUACUUGAAGUUGUUGAUACCAAUUUGUUAAGAAACGAAAAUGAUUAUUCUGCAAUAGAGAAUUGUUUAUCAUCCACUAUGGAAUUGGCUUUGCAUUGUUGUGCAGAUUCACCUCAACAGAGAAUGGGUAUAGAAAAUGUUUCAACUACACUCAACAAGAUCAAAUCCAAGUUUCUCAAAGAUAUCGGUGGCAGAGGCUAAUGUGAGAAAGUGAAGUUUGUUUGCAUCUCUUGAUUUCAUGAUUACUGUCAAUUGGGACACUCCUAACACUACAAGAAAAAAGGGUUUUCUCGAUGAUUUUUAUAGUGUUGUAAAAGGGAACGCUGCAUUAGACUAUUUUUUGAGGCUAUUUUUUUGCCGCCGCUGAAAACCGUUGAGAAAGCUGAUUCAUGGAGUUACUUUAACUAGUUGCAGCGAUAUUAAGCUUUUUAGCAGCGAUUUAUUUCGCCGGCCAAAUAAAAAAACUGUUGCAACGCUCCAUUUCGCCAAAACUAUUGUCUGGCGCCAAUCCCUUAAAAUUAUUUUCUUUUUCCCCCCCGAUUUCUUCCCCCCUCCACUUCUCCCUGUUCUUCCCCAAUAUUUCGUCUCCAUUUCCCUUUCCGAGAGAUCAGCUGCUACUCCACCCACGUCCCCCGAAAAAUUUCAUCUCCAUUUUUGCCCGACCACCCAAAGGUUUGUCCGUUACCACAUUCCUCCUCCUGCGGAAGCUACUCUAGCUAGACAGAAUCCCCGAAGCUGAUUAGGAGCUGUGCAAUUCGUCUCUGUUGAACCUGUGGGAUUUGGGGAUUCAAUGGCUUCCAACUGAGAUUCGUCGAGAUUCAGUUGAGGGAUAGCGUAGGUCCUUCCGUCACCUCAGAUGGACAAAAGCUGGAUGAACUUGACUGAUCGACUUCGUUCGCCUGCAUACGCCGAUAGGGUUAACACUUUCCUCACCCUGGCACGAAACCAUUCUCAGGGCAGUGAUCGCAUUCAGUGUCCAUGUUGUUCAUGCUGUAAUAAUCUCUUCUUGCCUAUACGAAUUGUGGAGACUCACUUGUUUCUCAAAGGGAUCAAUCCAAAUUAUACCCAUUGGAUAUUUCAUGGGGAGGAGGAAACUCGGAGAUUCAAUGACGAUGAUGACGAUCGUAACGCUGCUGAUUACGCCGACAAGUACAUUGAUGACAUGAACCAUAUGUUAGAUGACAUCCGGGCAAAUACAUCCUUUGAUGUUCCCCAAGAUCAUGGUAAUCCAUCGCCAACUCGUGGUGAAAUUCCAGAUCCCUCCCCAAGUUCAUCUUUCGACCAGCUACUAGAGGAUGCCCGACGUCCACUUUUUGCUGGUUGUACCAAAUUCUCAAAACUAUCAUUCAUUGUGAAGAUGUUACACAUUAAGACACUCAGUGGGGGGUCAAUAAAUUCGUUUGAUAUGCUACUUUAGCCUUUUGUGGUCUGCCUUUCCUGACGCUGAAUUGCCACAUUCAUAUGAGGAGUCAAGGUCAUUGGUGCGUGGUUUGGGUUUCAAUUACCACAAAAUUCAUGCAUGCCCCAAUGACUGCAUCCAGUUCUGGAAGGAAAAUGCUAAUCUUAAUGAAUAUCCUAAGUGUAAGGCUUCAAGGUGGGUGCCUAAUACACACAAGGCAUAUCGUAUCCCUCAAAAAGUGUUGCGGCAUUUUCCUUUGAAGCCAAGAUUGCAAAGUCUCUUCGUGUCAGCAAAGAUAGAAGAAAAUAUGAGAUGGCAUAAAAAGCAAUGACCGACUGGAGAGGCUAUCUUGAGGCAUCCUGCAGACUCAGAGUCCUGGAAGAGAUUUGAUGAAGAACAUAGUUGGGUCGCUCAGGAUGCUCGCAAUGUAAGGCUUGGGAUGUCAAGUGACGGUUUCAAUCCCUUCAACAAUAUGGCUAAACCAUAUAGCAUUUGGCCAGUAAUUCUUGUUACGUAUAACUUGCCGUCGUGGUUGUGCAUGAAAGACCAAUUCUUCAUGACAUCCCUCAUUAUUCUUUGGCCAAGAUCUCCAGGUAAUGACAUUGAUGUUUACUUGCAACCGUUAGUCGAUGAACUGCUUGAAUUUUGGGAACAUGGGAUACCCACGCAUGAUGCCUACACAAAGGAAACAAUCAUGUUGCAUGCCGCUUUAAUGUAGACAAUCAAUGACUUUCCAGCAUAUGGAAAUCUUUCUAGCUGGUCAACAAAAGGAAAAUUGGCAUGUCCAUCCUGUAAUGUGGGCACUGAUUCCAUCUGGUUGAAGUAUGGCCGAAAACAUUGUUAUAUGGGACAUCGUAGCUUCUUGCCGCCAUAUCACAUGUGGAGAAUGAGAAAACAUUUGCUCAAUGGUAGAGAAGAUCAACGCAUGCCUCCAAGGAUGUUAGACGGAGCUGAUGUUUUAGCUCAACUACAGAUGCUUGCGGAUGUGCAAUUUGGUAAAUCUGGUUCAAGCUACCGUAUUGGGUAACACUGCGUCUUCAACAUAAUCUAGAUGUCAUGCAUAUUGAGAAAAAUAUUUGCGAUAACAUCCUGUGCACUUUAAUGAACAUUCCUGGGAAAACCAAGGAUAAUAUCAAUUCUCGACGUGACUUGGAGAUUUUUUGCUUCAGAAAAGAAUUACAUUUGAAGGUUCAAGGUGAACGUGUUACAAUGCCACAUGCAUUGUACACAUUACACGGUAAUGAAAGGAAUAAAUUAUGUGAAUAGUUGGCCGACGUGAAAUUUCCAGAUGGAUUCGCUUCCAAUAUCUCGCAUUGUGUUUCUGUACGUGAUUGAAAAAUCUCAAGAUUGAAAAGUCAUGACUCCCAUGUUUUCCUGCAAAGAUUACUACCUAUUGCUGUUGCUGGGUACUUACGAACUGAUAUUGCCUUGGCCUUGGCUGAACUGAACACUUUCUUCAAGGAGCUGUGUGCCCAAACCCUGGAUGUUAACCGUCUAUCUCAACUCCAAAUUGAUAUUGUCACCAUUCUAUGCAAAUUGGAGAUAAUAUUUCCCCCAUCUUUUUUCGAUGUCAUGGUCCACCUAGCUGUCCACUUACCCCGUGAGGCCAUACAUGGGGGUCCAGUACAAUAUAGGUGGAUGUACCAUUUAAGAGGUAUCUCGGCAAGUUCAAGCGGCAUGUUAAGAAUAAAGCUCACCCAGAAGGCUCAAUAGCCGAAGCCUACAUUCACAUUGAAUGCCUGCCUUUUUGCUCAAUGUAUCUCCAAGAUAUUGAGAUGAAGUUUACUCGAAUGGACCGCAACAUUAAUGGUGGAGAAGUGGAGAAUAUAGAUGGAUUCAAGAUAUUCAACCAAAAAUUACAAAUCAUGGGUGUGGCUUCCAACUUGCAAUUACCAUAUAAACUCCUCAAGGAAGCCAUAUGGUACGUCCUCAACAACUGCGUUGAGAUUGGACACUACCUAGAGGAGCACUACGAGAAAUGUAAGGUGCAUAGCCCAAAUUGUGCAAAUCGAACACAUCAAACUGAGUUUCCAACUUGGUUUAAGGAACGUGUUCAGGACCAGCGUAUCACCAACCCACUUGUUGUGACUGCUGAUCUGUAUGCGUUAGCAUGCGGCCCUGAACCUAAGGUUGCAACCUAUGCUGCUUGCAUUAUAAAUGGCAAAAAGUUCCAUACAAAAUAGCGUGAACUUCGGAGGCGUACACAAAAUUCAGGGGUGUUGGUAACCAGUGACGAAAGUGCAAAUAAAGUUGACUUACACGGUGUUAUUAAUGAUAUCGUGGAGUUACGCUAUAUGGGUUGGCGUCGGGUGUACUUGUUCAUGUGUGAUUGGUUUGACGUUGGUGAUCCAAGGAAAGGGAUCCGAGUUGAUAACCAUAUGACCAGUAUCAACAUGGACAAGACUUGGUAUAAGGAUGAACCAUUUGUGUUAGCAUGCCAGGCUUCCCAAUGUUUUUACAUCAGAGAUUUAAGGGCGAAAGGGAGAUAGAUGGUUUGUGGUGCAAAAGUACUUGAACAAGAAUGUAUAUGACAUUCCAUCGGUGCCAAGGGUGUUAGAAGAUAUUGAUGGUGAAUCAAGUGAUGAUGAUGCCUAUCAAGAAAAUGAAUCAUCAUUUGAUUAUGCACCAUUGGAUUGUGAUGGAUGUCCAGUGUCAAGUCCAUUGAAUAGGGAUGAUAUAGAACCUAUCUUGAUUGAUGCAAGAGAAGGCAACGUUUGCCUGGUCAAAACAUAUAUUCAACCGAUUUUAUUGACGAUGGCCUAGUUGCCUCGAGUUCAGGAGAUGCUUAUGGUGAUGGGGAAUAUUUAGAUGAGGAUGACCUACCCACAGACGACGAGUAUGUCUCAAAAUAGACAACCAGUCGUAAAGUUGACGCACUUUAAUUCCAUAGUUUACCUCUUUUGUAAUGGGUGAGGGGAAAAAAGACGGCGUUGCAUUUAUUCUACAAGAAAUGAGGAGCAUCAACAUUCAAGGUGAUGCAACGGGAGAGAGUUCUCAAGGAAGAGGGGCUGCAUGAGGUAUUCGUGCUCGACGAUUUGUACCAUAUACAUGUAGAGCUCGCCGACCACUUGGAGUUCGCAUCGCUUCAUACCAUUCCAUAGGCUCAGAUGCAGAUCCAUCAGGCUCGGAUGACUCAACAUAGCCGCCCAGUCAUCCAUGGGAGCCACCAUGUCCAACUCCAAUGCCCCCGCCCGGGCCAAAUAGAGAAAUGUCACCCGUAAUAGAACCCCCACCUAAUGGAGACAAUAUUGAUGUGACAGCCCCCACAAUGACUGAAGCAAAUCAAGAACAGCCCAAACGUACACGUGGGCCUGCUAAGUGUAUUGAGUUCGAGAAGGCGAGAAAGUACGACAAAGUGCUAUUGAAGAUUAAUGAUGGUGAAACAGCCCCGUGCUGUGAGAACUCAUCCAUGUUCACGACACGGGUAACACAGAUAGUAAAACAACAUUGUGACAUGAGUUAUGCGAGGUGGACUGAUGUGCCUGAUGCUGAAAAGAAUGAGUUGAUCGAACGUGUCAGGGGUGACUUCGUUUUGGAUUGGGAUCGGGAGAAUCAUAGAUUGGUCAUCUUGAAGCAGUUGCGUAAGCGGUUCAAUGCAUUCUAUCACGAACUACACAAAAAGUAUUUGUCAUACUGAAGUCACGAAGAAGCAUUGGCUUCUGGGUGUACCACGGUAAACGACAACGUCUGGGUUAAGUUGUGUGAGAGGUGGGGCACUAAUAAAUUCAAGAAAAUCUUAGCACAAAAUUGGGAGAAUAGAAAGAGGCUGGCCAUUAACCACAACGCAGGCCGCAAUUCCUUUGUUAGGAUGUUGGAGGAGAAGCAGGCUACGAACAUGAAUUUGGUGGAGUUCUAUAAGGAGACCCGCUGGUCAAAGAAGAAUGGCAAAUUUGUCACUUCAGCCGCUGAAGACACUUAUAAGGAGAUGGUUGGCAAGAUGGAUGGGUUAGAGCCUGAACAACGCACUGAUGAGGCAGCUGCAAGUGUAUUUAGGGAGGUACUCGGUUAGAGACCCGGAUACGCAAGGGGGCUAGGCGAGAUAGUCAUCCCAGAGUCAACAAGACAACGGGACCGUGAACAAGAAAGGGGACCGUGAACGAGAAAGGGAGUACCUUUCCUUAAUUGAAAAACACAAGAGGGAUGCCGACAAUUACAAGAAAGAUGCCGACAAUUACAAGACGCAGCUUGAUGAAGUGAGGGAUGAAUUGCGAGAACUUCGUAAGAGGCAAAAUGAAACAGAUAAGAUGAUGAGGAUGUUCUUCUUCCGCGACGUCUAUCCUUCUAGUGGGUCUCUCCAUUCUUCUGGAGAGACCCAAUGAACAUCAGUUAUGAAAUGAGGGAAUGAAUUUUUUGUGUAUUUUGGGCUAUUUUUGGUAGUCAGAGAUCGUGGGUGGCCAAUAUAAAUAUAUAUGUAUAUAUAUAUACAUAUGAUGCACUAGGUUGUCUACUUUUGUGUUGUGGGAGAGGUAUGGGCAGUUGGAGGAUUUUUUGGCUUUGUUGGUGAAAUGGAGAGUUUGACUAUAUUUAAUGAUGAGUAGUUCACUUUAAAUAGCCACAUUUGUUGGAUAAGGAGCUGACUGGUAUGGUAGCAAAUGAAUUACAAUACCUUGAACGGACAUUAAGUGAAGGGGUAUUGUCCAGUGCAGCAUGGUGAAGGUACAAAGUAUGGAUAAGAGAAAAUUUUGAUGGAGCAGCUGGAUUGCAAAGGUUUGGUGGUUGUAGUCAGCAAA